GGGCUCCGCCAUAGCAUUUUUGGAAGAGGAUUCCAUCAUCAAAGAAAUGAAAACAGAAUCCACAUCAAUCAGUGGAAGUUAUAAGGACCUUCCUUCAAUUUGUGACAAUAAUAAUCUGAUUGAAAAAGUGUUGACCAUCAUCAUUUCCUUAGUUGGGCUGACUGGAAAUGCAUCUGUCAUCUGGUUUUUGGGUGUCCGCAUGCACAGAAAUGCAUUUUAUACCUACAUCCUAAACCUGGCUGCGGCUGACUUCCUCUAUCUAUGCUUCCAUAUCACUGAAGUCCUGACGGAAGUCAUUGAAAUCAUCCUUCCCAUCCACAUCCCUACAUAUGGCAUCAUACGAACCGGGGCAAUCAUUUUCUACAUUGCAGGCCUGAGCAUGCUGGGUGCUAUUAGCACUGAGCGCUGCCUGUCAGUCCUGUGGCCCAUUUGGUACCGCUGCCAUCGUCCAAGACACACAUCCACUGUCAUGUGUGCCCUGCUCUGGGGCCUGUCCAUGUUUCUUAGUACCCUGGAGAGAAGCUGUUUUUCUUAUUUCAAUACAACUGUAGCUCCUUGUAAAAAAGUUGAAUUUACUAUAACUGCAUGGCUGGUAAUUUUAUUUGUUAUUCUCUCAGGGUCCAGCCUGGCCUUGCUGGAUAGGAUGCUAUGUGGAUCCCAGAGGAAGCCUCUCACUAGGCUCUAUGUUACCAUUCUGCUCACAGAGCUGGUCUUCCUCUUCUGUGGUCUGCCGUUCGGUGUCCGUUUGUUCCUGUUAGUCUGGAUUCAGAAUGACUCCAACAUGUUUACUUGCCUUCAUCUGGUUUCCAGUGUUUUUUCCUGUGUUAACAGCUCUGCCAACCCCAUCGUUUACUUCUUUGUUGGCUCCUAUAGGCAGCGGGUGCAGGGGCGGAACCUCAAGCUGGUGCUUGAGCGGGCUCUGCAGGACACUCCUGAGGAGGGUGAAUGUGGAGGCAGCCUUUCCCAGGGAACCCUGGAGAUGUCAGGAGGCAGAGUGGAACAGGGAUGA